CUGGUGGCUCUGACCCGGUUUGGUUCGGUACUUCCCGAAUUAGUCCCUCGGCGCCGACAGCGACGUAGAUAACGCUUUCUGUCAGCCUGUUGGAUCAGCCCCCUUCUAAAUCCCUCCCCUUUUUCCCCGGGCUCUCACUGCUGUCUUGACUGUACGCCGGAGACAGCUUGCUGUCGCGCCUGGGGACAGAUAUUAAAGCAGGAGAGGAAGGUUCAUUCUUGUAGCUCAGACUCUUCUAUGGUACCAGCUUCUCCCGCACCCAUUAACGUAACAUUAGCCCCCUGUCAAGAGCCUGACAGAUUCUUAUUACCUAUCAAGUCAACUGAACCGCUACCCUCUACCCACCACUUUCCUAGACCACCGUGAAGAAUUUAUUGAUCCCCGACCUGACAAAGUCCGAUUAUCACUAUUGGAAUCUCUUUAAUUUUUAAAAUUACAUUAUUUGUGUGUGUGUGGGGGGGGUACGUACAAGCCAUGGCUUACGCAAGGAGGUCAGAGGACAACUUGAGCUAGUCAGCCUGUUUCCUGGCCACUUGGCAACACGAGUAUUUACCAUCUCACGAGGCUGACUUUUUCCAUCCCUCCCAUGCUUUUAUCGGCAGACUCUUGCUAUGUAGCCCAUACUGGCCUCCAGUUUGCAUUCCCCCUGCCACAGUACCCCCGGUGUUAGGAUUAUAUGUUCUCUUUCACUGUUUCUAUUCUAUGAACGGAAGGUUUGAUGGGACAGAUUGGGGUACUUAAUACAUUGUGUUCAGUAAGCGUUAAUCGAGUGGAAUUGAUUUGUGGGAACCAGUGCUCUUGUCAAGGAGGACAAAUUUAAACUCCUGAUAUAAUUAGGGAACAAUAAAAGACAACAUUAUAUAAUUAGGGGUCUUUGAACUGGUGGUUUAUUGCAUUAAUGUUUUAUAGUUAUUCUCAGACCAGAGAAGGAAAACAACAAAAAGAACCAGAAGGGAGUCUUUGUGACUCACAGAGUCUGUAGACACAUGUUCAAAAGACAGAUAUUUACUGAGAACCUACUACAUAGCAGACACAGUGCUAGACAACCGGGAUCACAAUGAACCCUCUGAUAACAUCUAUUCAAUAAAUUGUUAUUUAGUAUGUGGGAAAAUAUUUUCGAAACCAGUUCUUUCUAUGCAGGGCAAACAGGCUGACCUCCAACUUAUGACCCUCCUGCCUCACCCUUUCUGGGAUAACAGGCUUGUACCACUGCACCCCAAAUAAGCUUUUUUCUUUUAAAUUGAGAAAUGUGAGUCCGGUCUUACAAAUGCUAAGCAUUCAUUCUGCCCCUGAACUACACCCCUAGCUCUGAAACAGCAUCUUUAGGAAGAGAACUCACUAGCUCUUUUCAGGUCGGUCCACUCUUUCACUUUUUCCUUUGAAUUUAUUCAACUUAAACUUACUUAUUAUUAGUGGGCCUGGGUGGAGUGUGUACCAUGGUGCAUAUGUGGAGGUCAGGCUGGCCCCAAACUCACCAUGGAACCAAAGAUGAAUUGAAAUUUCUGAAUGACAGGCUUGGCCCAAGGCUUUCUGCUAAGCGAGUGUGUUGUUGCUGUUGUUGUUGUUGUGAGGGUUUGCUUAUUUUCUUUAACUGGGGAUUGAAUUGAGGCCCUAGUGAUUUGCUAAGUAGGGUUCCACCACUGAGCUAUAGCACCCACUCGUCCUCUGAAUUCUUGUGUGUGGGUGGGCGUUUGGUCUGCAUGUGAGUCUUUGUACCACUUGUGUGCUUGAAACCCUCAGAAGGCAGAAAAGGGUGUUGGGUUCCCUGGGACGGGUUACAGACAGCUGUGAGUCCCUGUGUGGGUCCCGGGGAAUCGAAUCCCAAGUCCUCUGGGAGAGCAGCCAGUGCUCUGAGCCACUGAACCAUUCUCCAGAUUUCCCCUGCAUUCUUGAAAACGAAGCAUCCUUUUUACUUGUUGAUUGUAGGAUAUACAUUUAUUCCACACAACUUUCAAACACAUAGUAAUAUAAGAGUGUGCAUUAUUUCAUAGCCCUAAGGUAAUAAUGAUGGUAAUUAGUAUUUUACAACUUUAAACUUUAUUGUUAUUUUAUGUACUUGCACACUGGUGCCACCGCAUGCAUGUCAGCGUCAGAGGACAGCUUUGUAAGGUUAUGUCUCCCUUGCACCUUAGUUGGUUCCAGGGAUGGGACUCAGGUUCUUGGACUGGCACUGACUUUAUCUGCUGAGCCAUCUUGCCUGCCCCUGAUACUAGUAUUUAGACAUAUGUACUCUCAGUUUAUUCUGUAUAUAUGCAAAACUUUUUGUUUUAUAAGUAAAUAGAGCCACACUAUAAAUUCAAUUUUGUAUCAAGAAUGAAAACAUUAAAAAAACAACAACAACAGAUAAAUAUGACUUUAUAUUGUAGUCUCCUUCACCCCUAAACACUCCAUAUUAUUAACCUCCUCCCUUGAAAAUGGCUUGUUUGGGGGUUUUUGUUAUUUGUUCUGGAUGUUGUUGUUGUUGUUGGGUUUUGCUUUUUUGUUUUGUUUUUUAAAGAUGCACUUAUUAUAUUUAUGUGAGCUCACUGUAGCUGUUUUUCAGACACCCGAAGAGGGCAUCAGAUCCCAUUACAGAUGGUUGUGAGCCACCAUGUGGUUGCUGGGAGUUGAACUCAGGACCUCUGGAAGAGCAGUCAGUGCUCUUAACCACUGAGGCAUCUCUCCACCUUUGUUUUGGUUUGGUUUUUGGUUUUUCUAGACAGUCUGUUUCUCUGUGUAGCCUUGGCUGUCCUGGAACUCACUCUGUAGACCAGGCUGGCCUCAAACUCUAGAUUUCUGCCUGCUUCUGCCUCCUGAGUGCUGGGAUUAAAACCAGGCUGUUUUUGGUUUGUGGUUUUUAUCAUCUAUUAUUAGACCACUUAUAUCAUUUCAGAAUUUGUUGUUUGAAACAAGGUUUCACUAUGUAGUAGCCCAGGCUGACCUGGAACUCCAUAGAUACCUCAGACUGACCACUUUCUGCCUUAGCCUUCUUUUUCUUCUUUUUUUUUAAAGAUUUAUUUAUUUAUUAUAUGUAAGUACACUGUAGCUGUCUUCAGACACUCCAGAAGAGGGCGUCAGAUCUUGUUACAGAUGGUUGUGAGCCACCACAUGGUUCAAAUGGUCCCAUGGUCCCAUGUGGUGGCUGGGAUUUGAACUCCUGACCUUUGGAAGAGCAGUUGGGUGCUCUUACCCACUGAGCCAUCUCACCAGCCCUGCCUUAGCCUUCUUGAGGUGAGGUGAGAAUCACCAUGUCUAGUUUAUUUCAGAACUUUUGCUGCCAUAAAUAGCUCUUUAGCAAACAUUGUGAUACUUUUAUUGCCGAAUAUGUGACUAUUUAGGACAGAUUUUAACAGUAGGAUUUCUAGAUUAAGAAUAAAAACACAGCCUGCUAGUGGUGGUGCGCGCCUUUAAUCCCAGCACUUGGGAGGCAGAGGCAGGCUGAUUUCUGAGUUUGAGGCCAGCCUGGUCUACAGAGUGAGUUCUAGGACAGCCAGGGCUACACAGAGAAACCCUGUCUCAGGAAAACAAAAACAAAAACAAAAACAAAAAACAACCAAACCAAACAAAACAAACAAAUAACAACAACAACAAACAACUCAAGAGAUUGUUUAGUCUUCCUUGGAGGUGUGCUUCUGUUUUAGUUGGCUUCCUAUUGUUAUGGUAAAACACGAGGAAAGCCUUUGUUAAGGGAGGAAGUGUUUAUUUGGUUUACACUUCCCACUCAGUCUUUGAUAAGGGAAGCAGAGGCAGGAACCUGAAGGCAGGAACUGAAGCAGAGGCCAUGGAGGAGAUGGAGGAGAGCUGCUGAUUGACUGCUCUCUAGAGCUUUCUCAACUUCUUUUCCAGACAGAGCAAGACCAUCUGCUCAGUGGUGGCACCCCUCACAGCAGACUGUGCCCUCCCACACCAAUCAUCCAUCAAGAAAAUGCCCCACAAACUUGCCCACAGGCCCAUCUGAUGGAGUCAUUUUCCCAAUUAAGGUUCCUUCUUCCCAAAUGGCCCUUGCUUGCAUCAAUUUGACAGAAAGCUAUCCAGCACAGCCAAUGUCCAUCUGAAGGAAAUCUCACCACAGUCUGAUUAUAAUUGUUUAACUUUCUGUUAGUUCCUUAUUAGGUAGAAAAAUGGUUUUAUCAGGCCAGGGAGAUUGCUCAAUCCAUAAAACCUGGAUUCAUUUCCAUGGAACCUAUGUUAAAGCAGGGCAGAUGUGGUGGCCUGAGCUGUCAUUCCAGCACUCCUAUGUUGAGAUGGGAGGUGGAGACUUGGUGUUGGGGGUGGGGGGGAUAUACUGGAGAAGCUCUCAGGCCAGCUGUGGCAAGCAAGAAAGAGCUGGCCUGUAAAACCAACCAGGAGGUGAAGACCAACACUCAAAGUUGCCCUCUGACCUCCACAAACGUCAAACACUCACACAUGGGUGAAUUAUACACACACAUACACAGGUAAAAGUAACUUUUAUUCACCUGAAUAAUUGUUGUCUCAGAGGUGUACUGCCUCUCUCUGCUCUCUAGGACUAGUCCUGGAAGCUUCUAGCCUCUGUAGAAUCUUUUUUGGUUUUUGUUGUUGUUGUUGUUUUAAAGAUUUCUUUAUUAUUAGAAGUAACCACCUUAUUUAGGUCUAGACUUUUUUCAGCCUUAGGCCUGUUACUGAAUAAUCUCAUCCUUUUAUUUAUUUUUUUGUUUUGUUUUGUUUUUUGUCUUGUUUUGUUUUUCGAGACAGGGUUUCUCUGUGUAGACCAGGCUGGCCUCGAACUCAGAAAUCUGCCUACCUCAGCCUCCCAAGGGAUAAUCUCAUUCUUUCUAGCUCUUUCUGAGCUCUGGCUGGCUGUUUCAACUCAGCUGUUCUGGUUAAAACUCCUCUCCAAGCUGGCUUAUUCAAACUGGCUUCUUCUCUGCCUCUGAAUUGCUCCGCUUGGCUUCUAACUAACUCCAGCAAUCUUUUCUAAUCUGGCUCCUUCUCAUUCUCUUGCUCAUCCUGCCUUCACCUGUGUCCAGCUUGUUCUCUCUUCAAUCUGUCUCUGUAAAACUCUCCUGGUUCCUCCUCCCUCUCUGCUGCUCCACUCUCCCUCUCAAUGCUACUGCACUGCUCUCCCCGGACUCUGCUGUAUUCCUGCGCUGCACUCUCUUCUGAACCGUCUGUCUCUCCCUUAAGUAGCUUCCCUUUCCUCUCUUCUCAGUUGGGAAUAUCCUAUUCUGUCAAAUCUUUCUCUAAUUCAUCGCCUUGUCUGCCACUCAAUUAGACAUCACUCUCAAACAUGGGUGCUUCCUUCUACAAACUAACCUUACCGUCACUGUUUGGAAUUAAAGGUGAGUUCUAAAGUUGUGGCUGUGUAUUCCAGCCGGAGGGGUUAGAGGUGUAUAAGGGCUGAGCCACCCCCUAACUGGAAACAGGUUCAAAAGCCUGUAACAUAUAUACAAUACAUACACACAUACAUGCAUAUAUACAAUUAUAUUUUUUAAAGCAGAGGCUCAAUGAUUGGAGGGUGUACUGUUCUCCAUUUCUAUUUCCCAGCACCCAUCUGCAACUGCAGCUGCAGGGGACCUUAGGCCUCCAUUUGCAACUCACAUGCAACACCCACAAACACACAAUACACAUGAUUUGUAAUUAAAAUAAAUAUAAAAUUUGAAAGAAGGAAAGAGACCAAGUAUGGUUUUAACUCUAGCACUUGGAUGGCAGAGGCAGGCAGACCUCUGAGUCUGAGGCCAGCCUGGUCUACAUAGUGAGUUCUAGGACAGCCAGCACUAUGUAGAGAGCCUGUCUCAAAUAAAUAAAUAAAUAAAUAAAUAAAUAAAUAAAUAAAUGUGGCUUUAUCAACCAUUCUUUUGUCAAUUUUCUGUUCAUAUUUUUUGUCAUUUUUUGUUGUUGUCUAUCUGUUUUGAGUCAGUCUUCCUAUGUACCCAUAUGCAGAACAGGCUGGCUUUGAACUCACAGAGAUCUGCCUGCCUUUGCCACAAGUGCUAGGAUUAAAGGCAAUAGAUGCCGUGUCCAGCAUUUGUUCUUUUUGUUUUAUUUAUUUAUUUAUUUAUUUAUUUAUUUAUUUAUUUAUUUAAAGCCUAGGCUUGUCUAGAGUUUGCAAUACCCCUGUCUCAGUUUUUCUGGAGCUGGAAUUACAGGCAUGUUCCACAUGCCCCUCUUACUUGCUGUUUUUCCCUCUAGUGCUGGGGAUUGGUCCUGGGGGCUUGCUCCUCUUGGGGAAGAGCUCUGUCAUGGAGCCACAUCUCCAGCUAUCAUCUCUCCUGGGGGGAGAGGAUGGUUUUUUCCCAUUUAGAUCUCCAAGAGUUCUGACACAGAACUGACUUCUUAACUUAUUAGAAAUAGAGGACCAGAGUGCCCACAACCGGUCACUCCAUCACCUCCUCGAGGGGCCUCAUCCACUCUUAGUUAUAAGCUCACAGGUCUGCCAGAAUAUAAAUUCCAUGCAGGAGGCACCAGGGGUGCACAGGAGUUUCGUUAUUGUUUAGUUUUGCCCAUUUUACUCUCAGCUUUAUCAACAGCAUUCAGCAUUGGUGUGGUCAUUUGAAUGAGCACGGUUCCCCAGAGACUCAUAAAUUUGAGGCUUUUUCCCCAGUUGAUGGAACUGUUUGGGAAGGAUAGGGAGGUGUGGCCUUGUUGCAGGAGGUGUGCCACUGGGGGGUGGGCUCAUUGUUCCUGGUUAGCUAGUGCUUUCUCUGCCUCAUGCCUGUGGAUGAGGUGUGAGCUCUUAGCUAUGCUUUUGUGCAGUGCCUACUGCUGCGUCCCUGCCAUGAUAGUCAUAGAUUCACCCUCCGAAACUGUAAGCUCCCAAUAAACUCUUCUAGGAGUUGCCCUGGUCAUGGGGUCUUUGGGAAGGAAUUUAAAAGUAACUAAGGCAAUAGGUUUAUUAUUACUCCCAUUCUAAAAACAAAGAAGAAACCAAAGUUUAUGUAGCUAGGAAAUGACAGAACUGGGGCUGGCUGGCUGGCUGGCUGGCUGGCUGGUUGGUUGGCUGCUUGGUUUUGGUGUUUUGAGCCAGGAACCUAUGUUGCCCAAGAUGGCCUGGAACUCACUAUGUAGCCCCUCCUGAUCCUGACCCAGGUCAGCCAGCUUUCACCUCUCACGUGAUCACAGGCAGGUUGUGCUCCCUCUCCUAGCUCCGCCUUCCUUAAGCUUCAGGAAUCUGUUGGUGGUUUUUUGCAUGUUGUGUUGAAACAUGCCCGUUAGUAGCUUCUUCUACAGUGCAAAGGAGGCAUAAGUAGGCACGUCUGUCCUGUGAGCACUGGAGUGUGGGCAGAUCACAGUGCACAGGUGAGCCCUGGGGAGGAGUGAUGGUAACAGGAGCAGAUCAGGCUCACGUUAUGGGAGACUUCAGAUGCCUUCCAGGAUCUCCUCUUACUGUUUUUAUGAGUGUAUGUUAAUUACAUAGCAGCAGAUUUCAUUAUGACAUUUUCAUAGAUGGAUGCCAAUCAUCUAUGUUAAGUGUAUUUCUUUUUUGUUUUUGUUUUCAUUUUGUUUUGUGUUUCAAGACACGGCUUCUCUGUGUAGCCCUAGAACUAGCUCUGUAGAGCAGGCUGGCCUCAAACUCACAGAGCUCUACCUACUUUUGCCUCUUGGGUGCUGGGAUAAAAAGCAUGUGUCACCACUGCCUCUCUCUCUCUCUCUCUCACGCAUGCACAACAUCACACACAUAAUGUGUGGUCACACACACAUACUGUGGGAUCACGCCCAGUCUUAGACUGAUUGAGUGCAGUUCAUCACAGGUGCUGUGAGUUCAAGGGUUCAGCCCUUUCCAUCCUCCUGUGGAGUGGGUGAGAAAGAUAUCCUAUGUACAGCUUGACAACCAACAGUGAUGUAUUCUCUAUAUCUUGACCAGUCUUCAGAGUCACUGCUGCCUGUAACAAAAGGAAGCUUUGCUGACCAAAGCUGACAGCAGCACCCGCCCAGAAGUUAGAACCCUGUGUUUAUUUAGAAGGCCUCUUACAGAGUUACAGCAGUAGCUUCCCGCCUUGGUCCUUGGUCCUUGGUCCUUUGAUCUCUGUAGCCAGGAGCUUUUGAGUAUACAGUGUCAUUUGUUAUAAUGGAAAAUGGAUUCAUUACAGAUUCUCAAGCUGAGAAGGGAAGACCAGUGCCGUCUAGUGUCUGCCCGCCCCCUAAUGCCUGAGUUAGAUAGGGUUCACCAUCUCUCGGUCUGCAUCUCUGGUGGUCAGUUGUGUGAUGUGGGAGUCUGUGAUGUUGGUUAGAGUCGGCUAAGCUCCAAACUCAUGGCCUUUUUUCUUAGCUCCUGGUUGCUCUGUGUCAGAGCAUCUGGCUUCUGCACAGUUGGAGCUGUGGGAAAGAAACCUAAGCCAGCUGUCUUUUUUAUAUAUGUGAGUACACUGUUGCUGUCUUCAGACACACCAGAAGAGGGCAUUGGGUCCCAUUACAGAUGGUUGUGAGUUACCAUGUGGUUGCUGGGAAUUGAACUCAGGACCUUUGGAAGAACAGUUAGUACUCUUAACACCUGAGCCAUUUCUCCAACCCAACAUUUUCACUCUCAAUGGCAAUUUUCCCCUUCUAUUAUAUUUUUAUAAUAGUAGUUAGACUCCUAACUCCUCAGAUACAAUCUUCUUCCUGCUAUAGAUUAUUAAUCUUAUAUAUGAUUUUGUAUAUGAGAUAUAUAAUAUAUUUACAUUUAGUUCAAUUUUUAAACUUUUACUUUAUGAGAGACAGAGAGACAGAGAGAAAAUCCUCUAAGUCCUCUGACCUCAUCUGUCCCCUCCCCCACCUUAUUGAGGCAAGGGUCUCUAACCCCUGAGCAGUGAAUGUCAGGCUAGUUAGCCUCUAAACUCCCAGUGAUUCUCUGUUCUCUGUUUUCCAUCAGUUCUAUGGAUCAAACACAGGUUGUCAGCUUGCAUGCCAAAGGGACUAUGCUUGCUGAGACAUGUCAUUGGACCCCCUAGUUAAAAUUUUAAGUCAAUAAUUUUAUUUAUUGGCUAGUCAUGUUGGCAUGUAUCUGUAAUCUUAGAACUUGGGAGGUAGAGGCAGGGGGAUCACAAGUUUAGAACUUUGUGUGUAGCCCAGGCUAGCCCUAGAUUCCUUGGCUUGGCCGUUCUCUUUCCUCAGCACCAUGAGUGCUGGGAUUACAGGCUAAAGGCACAAUGCCUACCUAAUAAUUUUCUCUUAUAAUAAAAAAGUAUUGAUAUAUUAUAGGAAAAAUUAAUACACAAACAGGAAGAAAGGAGACAACCAUGAAGGCCUAUCACCUGGAAGAAAAGUAUGUGACAAGGCUGGGCAUGUAGUUUGAUGACCAAAAUAAUGAAACAACAUUUUUAAAAAAUAGGUUUACAGAAAAUCUGAGCAGAUAAUCCCCAGAAUUCCCACAUAUCCCUGGCACAUAGUUCCCUUUUAUUAAUGCUUUAUAUUACUAUAAUUUGUUUCCUAUAAUUAGUGAACCACUAGUGAUAUAUUGUUAUAUCUCAAGGCUCAUUUUCCACUCAGAUUUCUUCACUUUUUAUAUAAUGGCCUUUUCAUGUGUCAUGAUCCUAUCCAAAAUACCACAGCACAUUUGCCUCAUCUCCUUGGGCUCCUCUGGGCUUGGACAGUUUCUCUGUUUCUUAUUUUUUUUGAAGUGAACUGAUCAGGUGUGCUGUAGGCUAUCCCUUUGUUGGAAGCUGUUUCUUCAGUGACUAAUGUGGACUCAGGAGCUUGGCUAUGAUGAUCACAGAGGUACAGGCAUCAUUUUGGAUCUGGGACAGGCAUGGAGGUCAGCACUUGGAAACUGAGACAGUAGAAAUAAGUGUUCAAGGAUAGCCUGGGCUCCAUGAGACCUUGUCAAGGAAGGAUGAAAGGAAGGGAGAAAGAGGGAAGGAGGCACAUGCCUCUGCAGUCUCAGCACGUCCAGACCAGAGACGACAGAUUAAAAGGUCACGCUCGUUGUCUGCUGCACAGUUAGUUUCAGGUCUACUGGGUUACUUGAGACCCCGAAUCAACAAAACAAGAGCAGAAACAAAUGUGUCAGUGCUCAUUAAGAAUACAUAUUGUCCAGAGUGAGUUCCAGGACAGCCAGGACUACAGAGAGAAAGCCUGUCUCAAAAACAAACAAACAAAGAAAACCCACUCCAAUUGUCCUUGUGAGUCUCUGCUAUUCAUGCUGAUGUUGGUCACUGGCUACACUGAUGUCCCUUAGAAGGUACCCCUACACUCCAACUUGUCAAAAACACGAGGAACAAAAUUCCCACUCUUAUGAAUCAGGAAUUAUGCUCCUUUGCUGUUACAUGGACUGUCUACAUGCUUUGUUUAUGUUUUAGCUUCGGCUAUCUACACGGUUUAUUUAGAAUUCUGCAUGAGACAUGUGUCUUUUCCUAGUCAUUCAUAUUAUGAUGGACUCGUAGGCAUUUACUUUGUACUUUGGGAUUAUAAUCUAAUAUUAAUUUAUUUUAUUUUGUUGGGAGCUGAAGUGAUGGUUCUGUGACUGAGAGCACUGAUUGCUCAUCUAGGGGACCCAGGUUUGGUCCCAGCACCCACAUACGGCUGCUAACAACCAUCUGUAACUCCAGUCUCAGGAGAAACCGUGCCCUCUUCUGGUCUUCAUGGGCACUGCAUUCAAAUGGUGUGUGUGUGUGUGUGUGUGUGUGUGUGUGUGUGUGUGUGUGUGUGUGCGCGCACUCUGCCUGCCUGUCUAUCUUUUUGUCUGUCUGCCUGCAAAACACCCAUACCCAUAAAAUAAAAAUAAAGAUCUCAAAAAAUAAACAGAUAUGUCUGUUUUAAUUAUGGGUCUGUGUGUAUCACUGUGUAUACACAUGAAUUCAGGUGUCCAUAAAGGCCAAAGGCACCGGACCCCCCUUCCUGGAGCUGGAGUUAUAGUAAGCCCCCCAUGUGAGUGAUGGGAGUCAGAGUCGUGUCAUCUGGAAGAGCAGUACCCCACCACUGAGACAUCUCUCUAGCUGAAUUGUUUUAGUACUUUAAAAUAUUAUUUACUUUUACUUAUUUGUAUGUGUACCACUUAUGUAAAUGUGCAUGGAGGCUGUGGCAGGCGUGGAUUCUCCGGGAAGUAGAGUCACAGGCAGUGGGAACCACCUGAUGUGAGCAGAGGAACCAGACCCAGGUCCUCUGCAAGAGCAUGGGAUACUUUUAACCACAGAGCCAUCUCUCAUGUUUUAAAACAUAUUUUAAAAGUGUGUGCAUGUGAGUGCAGAUGUCCAUGGAGGCGAAAUAAGGGUGUUAGAUUCCCUGGAGCUGGGUUUACAGACGGUGUGAGACACCAGACACAAGUACUGGAACAAAACUCCAUUCCUCUUCGAAAGCAAUGCACAUCUUAACCACUGAACAGUCUCUCCAGCUUUGUUUAUCUUGAGACAUGAUCUUGCUAUUUAUCCCUCAGUGGCCUGGAACUCUAUGUAGACCAGGCUAGCCUCAAACUGAUAAUCCUCUCGUCAAGUACAGGGCUCGGAUUACAGGUUUGUGGUAUCACUCCUAACUUAAUGUUUUAUUUAUUUUUUAAUUAAUUAAGUAGUUAUAUUUUGUAUUUAUUUUGCUUGGUUUUUUUUUUUUUUUUUUUUUUUUUUUGAGACAGGUUUCUCUGCAUAACCUUGGCUGUCCCAAAACUCAUUCUGUAGACCAGGCUGGCCUCAAACUCAAAGUAAUGCCUUCCUUUGCCUCUCAAGUGCUGAAACUAAAGGUGUGUCCCUCCACUGCCUGGCACAUCAAAUUUCUAACUGUCACAGAAAAAGGGAUUGGAAUGUAGCCCAAAGUAGAGUACUUGCCUAGCAUGAGAAAAGCCCUGGGUUUGAACCGGGGCACAGAGGAAAACGUCACCUCCCAUAGAACAUCACAUGAUGUGCUGUGCGGCUUCUUGGCGUCAUAUCUCUUCUAGUACACUUCUUUAUCUCUCUGUUUUUGUCUUUAUUAGGUUUUUCUCACUGGAUCUCUGCAUAUCCAGGCCCCCUCCACCAUGGCCAGCCGGGGUGGGGGCCGGGGUCGUGGCCGGGGCCAGUUGACCUUCAACAUGGAGGCUGUGGGCAUUGGGAAGGGUGAUGCUUUGCCCCCACCCACUCUCCAGCCCUCUCCACUCUUUCCUCCCUUGGAGUUCCACCCAGUGCCUCUGCCGGCAGGAGAGGAGGGGGAGUAUGUCCUGGCACUGAAGCAAGAGCUGCGCGGGGCCAUGAGGCAGCUCCCCUACUUCAUCCGGCCAGCCGUCCCCAAGAGAGAUGUGGAACGUUACUCAGACAAGUAUCAGAUGUCUGGGCCUAUUGACAACGCCAUCGAUUGGAACCCUGAUUGGCGGCGACUCCCCAGUGAGCUCAAGAUUCGAGUGCGGAAAGUACAGAAGGAGCGGACCACCAUUAUCCUUCCCAAGAGGCCCCCUAAGAGCACAGACGAUAAGGAGGAGACGAUACAGAAACUAGAGACGCUAGAGAAGAAGGAGGAGGAAGUGACUUCGGAGGAGGAUGAAGAGAAAGAAGAAGAGGAGGAGAAGGAAGAGGGGGAGGAAGAGGAAUACGAUGAAGAGGAGCAUGAGGAGGAAACUGAUUACAUCAUGUCAUAUUUUGACAAUGGAGAGGACUUUGGAGGGGACAGCGAUGACAAUAUGGAUGAGGCCAUAUACUGAAAAACCUGGGCAUAGACUGAAAACCUGGGCCAUAGACUGAAAACCUGGGCCCAUAUAUCAUUCUUGAUUUGAGAUACAGGAACUAAAUAUCCCUAUGUACUUAGGGGUUUUCCUAUUUUUGUUAUUUGUUUUGUUUUGUUUUGGUUGGUUGGCUUGGUUUGUUUUUUCCAGACAGGUUUCUCUGUGUAGCCCUGGCUGUCCUGGAACUCACUCUGUAGACCAGGCUGGCCUCAAACUCAGAAAUCCGCCUGCCUCUGCCUCUGCCUCUGCCUCCCAAGUGCUGGGAUUAAAGGCAUUCGCCACCAUGCCCAGCUUUGUUAUUGUUUUUUGAGAGAAGAUCUCAUGUAGCUCAAGCUGGCCUGGAACUCGGUAUGUAGCUGAGGCUGGCCUUGAAUUUUGGACCCCCCCCCACCCCCCCAAGCCUUGGGAUUACAGGGACGCGCCACCACAGCAGACUUACUAGCAUUUACUUCUGUUGAGAAAAAAUUGGUUAGAAUCCAGGUGACCUGUGUGAUCCCUGGGGGCUGUGAUGCGCAGCCGUUGACAGUUUAGGGGAGACUUGGGGUGGGAACAGUCAAGAGGAGUAAGGCCUGUUUUGUACUUUUAAAUAAAAUGUUUGUAUCUGUCUAA